CUCCAUACUCAUGUUCUAGCUAUACCAUGGUGACAAAUUGUGAUGUUUGUGAAGAGGGUGAAUAUAGUAACUAUGACUGCCAGGAGUUUGACGGAGGUCCCAAUUAUUUCCCAAGUUCUAACUCCUACCCCUUUUUGAUGCCGUAUAACCAUCCACUUGGAUUGAGCCCAAUGAAAAACUAUGCCAAUCUGCAUGUAGAAUGCAACAAAUCAUUUACAAAAUCGAGCUCAUCUUAUUCAUUCUCCUACGCGUUAGAAAGUGGGAAAUGCAGUUCCAGCUAUCUUGAUUGCAGACUAAGAUACAUGCGUCAAACAAGAAGAUUGCAAAAGUAUUUGCGCGUCACCCCGGAGGGUCAUCUACUGGUGAAUGAUAUCGGGUCGCGUUCAGCUGAUGUCCUUAGACUAAACCAAAAAAAGCCAAACUCAGCCACGUGGUCUGAUGAGGUACCUGGACAUUCUCUUGAGACGCUGAUUAGUGCAGCCAAGUUGAAAAAAAUAUACGCAGCUUUCUGGAACCUGGAACCAAAGCAGGAUGUAUCACAUUCUAACUCACUACAACAGAUCGAUGAAAACAAACCUUCCUCAGAAACAACUAAUGAGGCCGUUACAGAAGACAAACCUGGUCAAUGAAACAUGCCUUAGGAAGGCUGCUACGAUUAUGAUCGGAAGGAGUG